AUGUUCUAUGUCAUGCUGGCAUCGAACGCUGUAUCCCCCCUGUGCAUAUUCCUGUUCUACAAACCUCGAACAUUCCGCGAGAAACAUGAGCGGGACACCCUUGGAUUCUUCAUCAAAAACUUUGACUAUGUCGGCUCCGUCCUGUCUGCUGGCGGCCUCGUCAUCUUUCUCAUCGGAAUCUGUUGGGGUGGGGGUUCGGUCUACCCAUGGAAAUCGGCACAUGUCAUUGCGACCAUCGUGGUGGGUAGUUUCACACUGGUGGCUUUCGUCGUUUGGGAGUGCACUGCGUCAUUGACAGAACCACUGGUCCCCAUGAGGCUCUUCCGCAAGACCACAUACACGGCAGGCGUUUUGUCAGCAUCGCUGGGAGCGUCACAGUACUACGCUCUGAACAUCAUCUGGCCGAUGAUGGUGACUAUGGUGUUCCGGCCGGCCGAUUUUAUGACUCGAGCAUGGCUUUUCACCGUGGUUGGUGGUGGCUUUGCAGGUGGCCUCAUGAUUUCAUCUGCCUUUAUUAGGUGGCUGACACAUACAAAAAUCCAGGUACUGGUGUCCAUGUCUGUGGGGGCCUUGUUCUACGCCUUGAUUGCCACGCGCUCGCUCGAAGACGAGGCUCGUGCAUUGGUGUUUGCGCUCUUGGGCUCCAUCAACAUUGGUGUCGCGUUCGGAGUGGCGGGCUCCGUGCGCGGACUUGUGGGAGCCUUGGCCUCGACCAUCUUCGUUGCCAUUGUCACGAAUCAGCUCACUGAGGAAGUCUCUGGACGAGUACCAGUCGCUCUCAUCACAGCAGGUCUACCGGCGAGCAGCAUUCCCGACUGGCUGACGGGUUAUUCUGCCGAACAACUCGACUCUGUCCCCGGAACUAAUGCGACCAUCAACGCGAUCGGUACAGACGCCUACAAGCUGGCGGCCAUGUCUGCUUUCAGGACCAUCUUCUUCGUAGCUCUAGUCUUCAGUGGGUCGGGUUUGAUCUGCAACUUCUUCGUUCCCAAUGUGGACGACAAAAUGACCAAUGUUGUGGUGGCUCCACUCCACAAUGUAUCGUACGAGAAGACUGCGUCAAGCGGUGACGAGAAAUCAGGAGAAGAAACAGACUGA